AUGGUUUGGUAUGGCCAAUGCAUUCCAAGGCACUCGUUUCAUCUUUGGUUGGUGUUAAAGAACAAGCUAAAGACUCAGGAUAGGUUGGCGGUUUGGGAAGCGGGGAGUGAGACAAAUCUUCGUCUCAUGUGCUGUCCCCUUUGUAACUAUGGUCGAGAUUCUAGAGAUCACUUAUUCUUUCAAUGCACUUAUGCGGCUAAGGUGUGGAACAUUGUUAACAGAAGGAUUGAUAUGGGGAAUGUUAAUGAUACGUGGAACUCAAUUCUGGUGUGGAUUGAGCAGAAUUCUGCUUCUAAGAAGCUGGAACACAUUGUUUGUAAGCUGGUUGUUGCGGCUUCUGCAUAUUUCAUAUGGCAGGAGAGGAAUAACCGUCUGUUUUCAAAUGUACAAAGAAACGAAGACACGGUGGCUCAAGUUGUCCUUGAUAUGGUUCGGCUACGUAUUAUGGGAUUCAAGAUCGGAAGAGACGCUAACCAUGGGAAGCUUUUGGAAGCAUGGAGACUGAUGGAAGACGAACCGGGCUGA